ACACAAUGUUAAAUUGUUUUUGCAGUGUAAAUCAUAAUCUAGAACUUUUUAGGAAAGGUGCAAACAUCAGAAAUAUGUCUUAUCGUGAUCUACGAAACUUUACUGAAAUGAUGAGGGCUCUUGGAUACCCAAGAAUGAUUUCAAUCGAAAAUUUUAGAACGCCAAAUUUCCCUCUAGUAGCCGAAAUCUUACUAUGGCUUGUACAAAGGUAUGAUCCAAAUGUUACUCUACCCACAGACACUGAUACUGAACAAGACAGAGUUAUAUUCAUCAAAUCUUCCUCACAAUUUGUUGCUACGAAAGCUCAUAUUAAACUGAACACAAAAAGGCUUUACAUGGCUGAUGGGUAUGCUGUGAAAGAACUUGUAAAGAUAGCUAGCGUUUUAUACAGUGCAAUGAAAUCGACACAUUCAUCUGAUGGAAAAGAAAACGAUUCUGGAGACGCAUCAUCUCUGUCUUUCGACAUUGAUUCAAAAAUACAAGACUUAAAAGCUGUACGAAAACUCUCAACGGAAAUUACUGAAAGAGGUGCUCUUUUGUAUGACCUUUUGGGCAAAGAAAUUGACUUGCGAGAAGCCAGAUUGACAGCUUUAGCUCAGCCUUUGGAAAUAAAUGAAAUUGAAAAAGGGCUGCGUAUUAGUAUUCAAUCGGUUGAGAAAGAAGUACAAAAAACAUUACACAUGCUUGACAAUAUUGCUUCUGAUGAAGUUAACCUAGAAGCCAAGAUUGCAAAACGAAAAACCGAACUUGAAAGAUCGCAAAAGAGACUUAAAACACUGGAAAGUGUGCGACCUGCAUUUAUGGAUGAGUUCGAGCAACUAGAAGAAGAUCUCAAAAUACAAUAUGAAUCUUACUUAUAUAAAUUCCGGAAUAUGACUCAUCUUGAACAGCAGUUGGAAGACUUGAAGGGACAAGAACAAAUGAGAAUGGAAGAAACUGAAUCAACAAUGAAAAAAAUGCAAGAUCGUUUGAGAGAAGAAGAAAAAAGAACAAUCUUGAGCACAGUUGCAAUGGAUCAAAUGGAGCAAGAUAUGGAUGAGGGAGGAAGCGAUUUGGAGGAUAGUAUGGAAGGAGAACGUCCAGCAUACCAUCAAACAAGCCGACCAAGCAGACCACCUGCUGGUGUGGGUCCAAGAAAUAAUAUGUAUGGUGAUGAAGGGAGUGAUGAUGACGAUGAUGAAGAAACCUUGUCAAGCAGCAAUCUGAGUGUUGUCGAUGAUAAUGAGGAUCUUACAGGAGACGAUAGUGAUGACUUCCUUGAUGACAUGGCAGGAGAAAGAGCGAUUGGUGCAGGUGGCGACCCAAGACGUCAUCAUGAUGUUAUUGAUGAUGACGAUGGGGAAUUUUAAGCCUCCCACUACAAUUCUUUCACGUACUCUUAUCAGCAUUGAAUGCUUGAUCUACUUUCGUAAAGAGAAAAAAAACAGAAGUGUAUUAAUCAACCUUUUUGUCAUGAUUUUUUUUGGUAAAUUUUUAGAUUGUCACUUAUAUCAAACUCUGCUAGUUUCACUCAGUGGUAAUAUUUGUUCCAUGUAUAUAUAUAUAUAUUACACUGGUGAAGUGCUCAAUAUAUGGUCUUUCGAAUAACUUUUGUUUAAACUCUCUAUGUCUGAUGUAGUUGUGUAAUUUUGUGUUGUAAUUUUUUACGUAACAGUAAUAGGAAAAAAACUCAUUGUCAAGAAAUUCCCACCAUUUUUGCACAAUACCGGAAUCUCUAUUUAAAAGUCUUUAUAGCUUUAUUUGGACACAAGUGCACUCAGUACCUAUGCUUCGUAUUUAAUAAUUGUCGCUGUUGCUGUUGUGAAAAAAUAGCUAUUAUCUGCAACUAAUGGACCAAUCUGGUUCAGUUUUAAAAGAUAGUACUUCUAUAGUUUUUUUGUUCAAUUAUCUUUUGAAUUGUAAGAAGACUAUGUAUCCGAAAUUUUUAUAAUUUUAUAAUUCAUGGGCACGACGCUUUAUUGUGAUAAUUAGUACAGCUUUAACGUUUGAUCGCUCAAAUUUAGCUGGCAUUAGCCAUGUUAUGAUAUGACAUGUAAAUUUAUUAUUAAAGCAUUGCUCUCCUGAAUUUAAAAAGCAGAAGAUAAUUAUGACAAUUAUGUAGUUAAAAGUGGCCAAAAGUAUUAGUUGUGUAACUUGUGUACCUUAGUCAUGUAAUGAGCAUUUCAUUAUAAUAUUCAAUAAUACUGUGUUGAGUGUUUGUUAUAUUUUGUAUAAUUAAAUUAGUUUAUACUGUUGCACGUAUUGAAAUGAAACUAUUUUUGUAAAUA